AUAAAGCAUUACAUAUGUCAGAAGAAAAACGUACUUCUGUAUCUUUUGUAGUGUUUCGAAAUGCUAGUUUCUUUCAGACAUCAAAAGAUAUUGCUGUCGAUCAAGUACUAUCGUGCAGCAUUGCUGACAAAAAAAUUAACAAUUUGGUGGAACCAUUUUGGUAUCAGAUACCUGUAAAUUAUGAGAAGGAAACACGCCAAGUAAAAUUUAUAAAAUGUGCUUAUUACGAUGUGGAAAUGAAGAACUGGAAUUCCGAGGGAUGUUCGUAUGUCACUGGAUCAAAUCCGCCAAAUUGUACUUGCAAUCAUUUAACAAAUUUUGCUGUAUUAGUAAAAACAGCCAACUUGACGGAUCCAUAUACUUUGGAAAUAUUCGGAAAGGUCGGAUGUUCACUUUCUGUGAUUGGACUUGCUUUGAUGUUGUUGUGCAUUUGUUAUUUUUCAUCUUUAAGAAAGAAUUUGACGAAUCAAAUACACUCCUAUCUCGGAUUCAAUCUUUUAGUAGCAUAUGUUUUGUUUCUGACUGGUGUUGAGCAGAUAAAUAAUAGAAAUGGCUGUAUUACUAUCGCAGCAUUCCUGCAUUUAUUUUUACUAUCUGCAUGGGGAUGGAUGAUAGUUGAAUGUGCCACUAUGUACAAGUAA